CCCUCAAGAGGGGCGGAGCGCUCGGGUUCGUGAGGCCGUCCGGUAGGGCGGCCGCCGUGGCGGGGUCUUCUGCGGCUGCACGGCAGCAUUCCCGCAUCUCCGCUGGUCGCCGCCGCCUCCGGGCCAGGCCCCUGGGCCCUGCCGCCGCCAUGAAGCUGCGGGUCCGGUUCCAGAAGCGGACCUGGCCGCUGGAGAUGCCCGAAGUGAAGCCGACGCUGGGGCAGCUGCGCGCGCAUCUGAGCCAGGCCCUGCUGCCGAGCUGCGGGCACAGUUCUGAUACCCGGUUUGCAAUUACAUUGAACAACAAGGAUGCCCUCACUGGAGAUGAAGAGACCUUGGCUUCAUAUGGGAUUGUUUCUGGGGACUUGAUAUGUUUGAUUCUUGAAGAUGACAUUCCAGCACCUAACUUACCUUCAUCCACAGAUUCAGAGCAUUCCUCACUCCAGCAUAAUGACCAACCCUCUUUGGCAGCCAGCUCCAGUCAGUCCGGCAAACAGGAUGAACAGCCGAGUGAUUCAUUCCAAGGACAGGCAGCCCAGUCUGAUGUCUGGAAUGAUGACAAUAUGUCAGGGCCUAGUCAAAAUUUUGAAGCUGAGUCAGUUCAAGAUGUGGAUGUGGAAGAGGGCACAGGUUUCUGUCCCUCGGAACCCAUGCUCUGCAGUGAAUCGGUGGAUGGGCAGGUGCCCCAUUCUUUGGAGACCCUGUACCAGUCAGCUGACUGUUUGAACCCCAGUGAUGCCUUGAUAGUGUCAAUACAUCUUCUCAUGUUGGAGUCGGGCUACAUACCUCAGGGGACUGCUGCCAAAGCUGUGUCCAUGCCGGAGAACUGGAGGUCGGGCGGUGUGUAUAAGCUGCAGUACUCGCACCCUCUCUGUGAGGGCGGCGCUGCCACUCUCACCUGUGUGCCUUUGGGAAAGCUCAUCGUCAUAAAUGCUACAGUAAAAAUCAACAAUGAGAUUAUAAGUGUGAAAAGAUUGCAGCUACUGCCAGAAUCUUUUAUUUGCAAAGAAGAACCAGGGGAAAAUGUAGCCAAGAUAUACAAAGAUCUUCAGAAGCUCUCUCGUCUCUUCAAAGACCAGCUGGUAUAUCCUCUUCUGGCUUUUACCCGACAAGCGCUGAACCUGCCAGAUGUGUUUGGGUUGGUGGUCCUGCCGCUGGAGCUGAAACUACGGAUCUUCCGACUCCUGGAUAUUCGGUCUGUCCUGUCUUUGUCUGCAGUUUGCCGUGACCUCUUUAUUGCUUCAAAUGAUCAACUUCUGUGGAGAUGUUUGUAUCUUCGGGAUUUUCGAGAUGGCACUGUCAGAGGUCGAGACACAGAUUGGAAAGAACUGUACAGGAAGAGGCACAGACAAAGAAAAGAAGCUCAGAGAGGGCGGCAUAUGAUGUUCUUGCCAUCAUCACCCCACCCAAUUCCAUUCUAUCCCAACCCUUUGCACCCUCGGCCUUUCCCCCCCAGCUCUCUCCUUCCUCCUGGAAUUAUUGGUGGGGAAUACGAUCAGAGACUAACACUUCCCUAUGUUGGGGACCCAAUCAAUUCACUCAUCCCUGGGCCUGGGGAGACACCUAGUCAGUUCCCUCCCCUCAGACCACGUUUUGAUCCAAUUGGCCCACUUCCAGGACCUAACCCCAUCUUGCCAGGGCGAGGUGGCCCCAAUGACAGAUUUCCCUUAAGACCGAGCAGGGGCCGGCCAACUGACAGCCGACUGCCAUUCAUGUGAUUGAUUUGUAAUCUCACUUCUGGAGCUUGUUUGGUUUUCUUUUUUGAAACUACAGAUGUCAUCUUGUUGGGGGUGCCGAUCUCUUUUGAUUGUGGUGGUAAGAAAUGCACUCACAGAAGCCUUUCCGUAGAUACAGCUAAAGCUCCAGGGGUGGUAUGGCCCAAAGGCUGCUGCCUGACAAGGUUGGCCUUGGGAAUAGUUGACAGUUUUUGACUUGCUUCUUCUGAAUUCCUCUCUAGAAUGAAGUUGUUCACUAAUAAUGUUCUGCACCAGAAUAAAGAAAAAAAAAGUGUAA